AUGACAACCCGCAACAGAGUCCUUGAUACUCUCGACUACAAUUACGAGAGUCGCAUUCAAGUGGCGCUUGAUAGCCACGCCGCCAAUCCCGUCCCCUUCGCUGAUCGUAUCAAAUUCUUUGAUAUGAUUACCAAUGGCGUCCAGGCUCUGUCCAAAUUUUACCUCGACGAAGCGAUGGAGAUAACUAAAAGGCUAGCGAGGAUUCGUGGCUUGAUGAGCGAUGCAAAGCAGGUACAGAAGGAUAGUCUGGUGGCGAAUAAUGGUCAGGGGGCGGUGAAGGAUAAUGUUGAUAACUAUAGCGAAGCUGCGUCUAGGUUGAGGAAGGAGUUUGAGAGAGCAAUGCGCGGGGUGGCGGAUUGCGAUUACGCGCUGGUCAUAUUUGGUGAUAUGGUUGCAGAAGCAGAGGGAUUCGAAGAGAAGCUUGAUCUCGAGGAGACGCUUGGAAGCUUGGACUUGAACAUUGAUUGUGUUUGA